AUGACCACAAGUAUCAACUCGGUUGUUACUGUAUUCCAAAACGUUUUUACCAAUCAUGGAAGCACUCUUCUUAAUGGGAUUCUCAUUGCAACUACGGUUGGAGGACAAUCGCUUGUCCGAAAGCUCACCUUCUCUUGUCCAUGUGCCUAUCCGUUGAAUAUUUAUCAUUCUCUAGUUUUCAUGUUCGGACCAACUGCUGCUCUGCUUCUAAUUGGAAUUACUGUUAACUCGACUACAUGGAAACUGGCUCAUGGUUUUUGUUUCAGAGUUCGAGACACUAGACACAGUUGGAAGACAACAUGUGUAUCAUGGAUAGAAGUUCUACUCCAAUCCAGUAUUGCACCGAUUGCCUGGCUCUUCGUUGUAUUUCUCGAUGGUGGCUAUUACAGAUGUUAUCGAUCCCAUGAGUUCUGUCUGACGGCAGACGCGAUUCUUUGCAAAAAUGAGACAAUUUUUAAUAGUUAUGCCUUGUCAUCAUCUUUCAAUAGAAUCAGUGAUAAUGGAAAAUAUUGCCCUCCUUGCAUCUGUGCUCCAAACCCAACUGAUGCAUCAUAUCUGGAAGCUGAAUCUCAAAUUUAUGCAUGGGCCUUACUCGUCAUAACUGGAGUCGGUGCAUUUUUGGGUAAUGAAAAAACAAGCGAAUAUAGAAGCCCACCCUACAUUUUCACUUUGAGCUCCACUAUCUCAGUUUCUAUAAGAGAUAACAAAAAUCCGUCAACUGAUAAAAUACUUGAACAUGCGUCGAUACUUGCCGAGCACAACGCCAGAGCAUUCUUCGGACAGAAGGAUUGGACAAAGAGAGAUUGGGAUUGGGUGUCUGGAAUCCCGGAAGUCAAUAAUCCAUUAUUCGCUCGUCUCCGUCUAAUCGCUGCUGAAAAAACGCAACAAACCAUGUAUACUCCCCUUCAACUUUGGAACGACAACAAGGGGUACCGUAUCCCUCAGCCGGACCUUCAACUCGCACAAAUCAUUGUUGAUGAAACGAAAGAAGAUUAA